AGAUUGUGGUUUAAACCACAAUGUCCAGGCAUAGACCGGCCCUUGUUAAACCCUGGCGUUCUAUUGUCAAAUCAGACUGAAGUUGGAACAGGGAGAGACGGCCGAGGCUAAGAUGGAUGGAACGUCAGCUCAGUGAUCUGAAACAACUCUUUCCAUUAAAAGUCCGAAGAUAGAAGCUCAUCCACGCAUCUGUUGGUGAAAGUUCAAAGGUGAAAGAAGGGCAUCCCACUCCAAUCUCACCAUGGACUGGAAGACGUUAGAGGCCCUGCUUAGCGGGGUCAAUAAGUAUUCCACUGUAUUUGGCCGCAUCUGGCUCUCCGUGGUCUUCGUGUUUCGAGUCAUGGUCUUCGUCGAGGCCGCAGAACGCGUCUGGAUUGACGACCAGAAAGACUUUGACUGCAACACCCGCCAACCCGGCUGCGCCAACGCCUGUUACGACCACUUCUUCCCUGUCUCUCACACCCGGCUCUGGGCACUUCAGCUCAUCUUCGUCACCUGUCCCUCUUUCAUGGUCGUGUUGCACGUGGCGUACCGCGAGGAACGCGAGCGCAAGUACCGCAUCGCGCACGGCGAGAACGCUCGUCUCUACGACAACACAGGACAGAAGCACGGAGGACUCUGGUGGACGUAUCUCCUCAGCCUCUUCUUCAAGACGGCCAUCGAGGUGGCGUUCCUCUACCUCCUGCAUCUCAUCUACAACAACUUUGACCUGCCGCGACGCGUCAUGUGCGACCUCUGGCCUUGUCCUAACCAGGUGGAUUGCUACAACAGCCGACCCACAGAGAAGAGGGUGUUUACCUACUUCAUGGUAGGGGCGUCGGCUGUGUGUAUAGUGCUCAACGUGUGUGAGAUCUUUUACCUGAUAGCCAUCCGUGUGCUGAGGAUCAGUCAUCGGGGAAGCCUCCAUGCCUCCCCCAAGAAGAGGUGCUCUGAGCCGGACUGGAAUGGGUGUCAGACACCGGAGGCAGACUACCAGAAGGGCAACGAGGCUGACUUCACCAUGGAGAAGAAGAGUCAAUCUAUCUUUUAAGUCAGACAUUCAACUUUUUACAAUCAAAGCUUUAUUUGACGGAAAUCUUUACUGACUAAAUGUUGUGAACUGAAUUUGACUUUAUGAUCAAUGUAUUUUUUUGGGGGCCAAAUUCAUUGUAAUUUAAAUGUUAUUGUUUUAUCAGAAUAUUUUUUAUUACGGCCAGUGGGUCUGUACACUCCUCGCCAGGGUGUUGAAGAAACAAGUUGCUCUGUCAGAUCUGCCUUUUAUACCAAAGAGAAACCGUCCCCCUGAGCCCCAGUUUUUAAGAACAUUUAAUCCAGAUCAAAAUUGUUGUGUUAAAUUCUGCUCCCAUUUAAGAUGUGGUCCCUCAUUGUUUUUGGAUGAAAACUAAUGCUGAGCGAUAAGUGCUUUUUAAGGUUGGUUCGAUUUAUUAUGAAAUAAAGCGUUUCAAUGUAAUUUCCACAGCAAA